AUGGCUUCAGCAACUGGAACGAAGCUUUCAAGGGAGGAAUUCCGAAGACAAAAGGACCUUGAUGCGGCGCGGAAAGCGGGUACAGCGCCUGCAGCACUAGACGAGGAGGGCAAACCCAUCAAUCCUCAUAUUCCUCAAUAUAUCUCUCAGGCCCCAUGGUAUCUCGACACUGGUGCACCCUCCCUAAGCCAUCAACGACGCCCUGAGCAUGACGAUACGAGCAACAAACUCGACAAUUGGUACGACAGAGGCGCAAAGGCGGGGCCUGCAGCGAAGAAGUACAGGAAGGGUGCUUGCGAGAACUGUGGUGCCAUGACACAUAAGAAGAAGGACUGUCUGGAACGACCACGGAAGAAGGGUGCAAAGUGGACCAAUAAAGACAUCCAAGCGGACGAGGUUAUCCAGGAUGUAGCAGUGGGAUACGAUGCCAAGCGUGAUAGGUGGAAUGGAUACGACCCAGCGGAGUACAAGAAGGUGUACGAGGAAUACGCCGCCGUCGAGGCUGCUCGUCAAAAGUUGCGAGAGGAGGAAAUCGACAACCAGACCACGACGGAUUUGGCUGCGGUACGAAAGGUGGCGAAGGCGAGCAAGGCUGAAGGAAAGACGGCGGAUCCAGACUUCGGUUCUAGUGACGAGGAAGAUGAGGAUGAAGACAAGUAUGCGGAUGCUGCUGAUGCCGUUGGUCAAAAAUUGGAUGCCAAAACACGAAUCACUGUUCGAAACUUACGUAUCCGAGAAGACACCGCCAAAUACCUUAUCAACUUGGACCCCGACAGUGCCUACUAUGACCCCAAAACCCGUUCCAUGCGUGAUGCACCACUGAAGAACAUUCCUCCGGAAGAGGCAAAAUUCGCCGGUGACAACUUCCUUCGCUACUCUGGAGAAGCUGAAGAAGUCCAAAGACUGCAGCUGUUUGCAUGGCAGGCGGCUGCUCGGGGCAACGAUGUACACUUGACCUCCAACCCAACUGCCGGGGAACUCCUUCAUCAAGAGUUCAAGGAGAAGAAGGAGCAACUCAAGGAUUCUACAAAGACGAGUAUUCUGGCGAAAUACGGUGGUGCAGAGUAUCUUGAAGCAGCGCCUAAAGAACUUCGUCAAGGCCAGACAGAGAAUUACGUCGAAUACUCUCGCACUGGUCAAGUCAUUAAGGGCAAAGAGCGCGCUAAGGUCAAAUCGAAAUAUCCAGAAGAUGUGUAUAUCAACAAUCACACAUCGGUGUGGGGUUCGUACUACGAUCCCUCGACCGGACAAUGGGGCUACGCGUGUUGCCACUCAUUCUUGCACAUCUCAUACUGUGCUGGAAAGGCGGGCAUCGAGGCUGUCACGGCUUCAAGCGCGCAGCAGCUCCUUGCAUCUUCGUCCCAAGCCGAAUCAUCGACAUCGUCAUCUAAACAGCAAGAAGAACCGCCGUCGGAACGGAAGGAGAAGAUCGAGCAGAACUUCUCCAAGAAGCGGGUUGGGGAGGGCGAUGUUGUAUUGGAUCAGGAAAAACUGGCGAAAGCACUGAAAGAAGAGAGGAAGAGAAAGGCCAAGGGCGGAUAUGAGGAUGUUGAUCGAUACGGAAAGAAGUCGAGGAGCACGGUGGAGGGCUCCACUCAUGAAGUUACGGAAGAGGAAUUGGAGGCCUACCGCAUGUCAAGACGUAUGGCCGAAGAUCCCAUGGCCAAUUAUGUCGACCAAGAAGACUGA